UGGAGCGACCGACAACACUAACACCACAGGGCCAAUCGGAGGGAGUCGCAUGCAAUUUGUUUUGUUAUUAAUUUUCCAAAUAUUCUCGGGCUUUGUGCUGCUUCUGAUUGUGAUACAUUAUAUCUAUUACAUAAUAAAUGCGAUUGCCGGUGAUCUUCAGACCGAGAAAAUCGAACAAAACCAGCUUAAGAAGCAGCAGCAGCAGCAGCAGCAAAAUAAUCGCAACUCUGCGGCCACCGUUAUUCACCCCCCAACGCUCAACGGCCCCCGUUUUCCGCCACCACCUGGAGUAGCAGCUACAACAACAUCGGAGCUUGGACUUUUCAUAAACAAUUUGGCAAAUUCUUCCUGUUCUUCGGCAAACAUCAUGCAAACAAACGAUGACGCCAAGUUUAUUAAAAAGAGGUGGAAAGGCGGCUCCAUCGAACCGCAUCCCACGGACAAGGCGCUGAUUGUCAACUACCAACUGGAGGCCACAGUCUUUGGGGAGCCCAACAAUCCCAUGAUUGAGGAGAAGAAGCAUUGUCAGAAAAUCAUCCGACUUCGGUCUCUCAACGCCAAAACAGAUCCGGCGGCCUUGGCCCGCGAAGUGGUGGAAAAAUGUGAUCUCAUACACAAAUCCCAACUGAACGACGUUGAACAGAUUAUAUUCUACUUGAAGAACCGCAAGGAUAAUGCUAGCAAUGAUAUUCCAGAUAACAACACACACAGUCGGAGAUCGGCGGCUCUGCACAAUUCCCACACUCGAUCCUCGGCCAGAUCGCACAGCAGCGUGGCCGCCAUGUCGAGCAGCACUGGCAGCAGCGGAAUAGGCGGUGGAGGAGGUGGUGGCUCUACUGUGACCAAUGGCGGAACGAAUGCCUCAAACGCUGCCACUCCUACGGCAGAUGUUUCCAUCAAUAAUAUCGAUGAGUACGUGGAGCUUUUAUAUGAGGAGCUGGGAGAACGGAUUCGCGGCUCAGCCAUGAUCCUGCAGAUGGCACGGAAUCCAGACAACCUCGAGGAGCUGGAAAAGAAUGAAGCCUGCCUCAGCGCUUUGUCGCGUGUUCUUCGCGAGGAUUGGCGCAAAUCCUUGGACCUGUCCACCAACAUCAUCUACAUCUUUUUCUGCUUCUCCACCUACACCAAGUUCCAUCCACUUAUAGUGCAAUAUAAGAUCGGAUCUCUCUGCAUGGAUGUGAUCGACUACGAGCUGCGUCGCUACGAAACGAUGAGGAACGAGCUGGAUGUGCGUAAGCAACCGAAUGGCUCCUCCACACCGCAUUCGGCCAAGGCCAGCAAGGAGAAACUCAACCGCAGCACGGAUGACUUUCUGGACAUCAUGAACGAGGAGAAACCCAAAGAGAUGGAACCUCCGCGUCGUCGCAUUCCGGAGCUAAAGCAACGACCCAAAUCCGGGAACUGGAGCAGCUUCCAUGGCUCGAUGUCGUCAUCGUUAAUCAAGAGCCAGAUCCUGAACAGCAGCUACCACGAGGCGCUGUGCGCAGGUGGAUCUCCUGCUGGUGAUUCGCCCGCCGUGUCCUCCGAAUUCAAGGCACAGAGCAACGAAUCGCUGGACAGGAACGAUCCAAAAGUGAAGAAGGAGGAGAUCGAUCGGCUGAACAAGCAGCUGAAGAUCUUCGCCAAGAAACAGGAGCAACUGCUGCGCGUUGCCUUCUACCUGCUGCUGAACAUGGCCGAGAAUGUGAAGCUGGAGGAGAAGAUGCGCCGCAAGCACAUAGUCAAGAUGCUAGUCAAGGCCCUGGAUCGCCAGAACAUCGACCUAUUGAUGCUAGUCAGCACCUUCUUGAAGAAGCUAUCGAUUGUGGGCGACAACAAGGAUGAGAUGGGCUCCCUGAAUAUUGUGGCCAAGCUGCCGCGAUUGUUCCAGAGCACCCACACGGAUCUGGUGCAGGUCACCCUGAAGCUGGUCUUCAAUCUUUCCUUUGACGGCGGACUGCGUCGCAAGAUGAUCGGCGCCGGCUAUCUACCCAUGUUGGUGAUGUUCAUCAACGAUGAAAAGCACCACGGGAUUGCCGUCAAGAUCCUCUACCACAUGAGCCUGGACGACAAGGUUAAGGCGAUGUUCACGCAAACGGAAUGCGUCCAAAUGGCCACGGACGCCAUAAUACUCAACCUGAAUGUCAAGGUCGACUUGGAUCUCAUCGCCUUGUGCAUCAAUCUCUCACUGAAUCGCCGCAACGCCCAGAUCAUGGUGGAGGGCCAGCGCCUGCACAGCCUCAUGGAUCGCGCCUUCAAGUACCAGGACGCGCUGCUGAUGAAGUUGCUGCGGAAUCUCUCGCAGCACGAGUCCCUCCAGCUGCAGUUCAUCGACUAUGUCGGCGACCUGGCUCGCAUCCUCACCAUCUGCGACGAUGAGGCCUUUGUGGUGGAGUGUCUGGGCAUCCUGGGCAACCUCGCCCUCACCGAUCUGGACUACUCGCAGAUCCUGCAGAACUUCCAGCUGAUACCCUGGAUCCGGCAGCUUCUCGUGCCCUGUUCCCGACUGGACGACCUUGUGCUGGACACGAUCGUCUAUCUGGGGACCUGUGCCUGCGACGAACUGUGCGCCCUGCUGUUCUGCCGGGCCAAGGUGGUUAUAUCGCUGAUCGAGCUGCUGAAGGCCAAGCAGGAGGACGACGAGAUCGUCCUGCAGAUCAUAUUCGUGUUCCAGCAGAUCCUGCGCCACGAAAGCACCAGGGAGUACAUGAUCAAGGAGACGGAGUCGCCCGCCUACCUGAUCGAUCUCAUGCACGACAAGAACGAGGAGAUCCGCAAGGUGUGCGACUACUGUCUGGACAUUAUAGCGAUCAGCGACACCGAGUGGGCCAAGCGGAUCAAGCUGGAGAAAUUCCGGAACCACAACUCCCAGUGGCUUUGCAUGGUCGAGUCGCAACAGGAUCAGGACAAUGAGCAGGACUACGCCGACCAGGAGGACGAGUGCGACAAUGACCUGGAUACGUAUCUGCGAUCCGAGUAUCUGGACAACGUUGAUCUCUACAACAACGACAACGCCGACAAUGACAGCAACAGCAACAGCAACAAUAGCAACAACAAUCCGGCCAGUCCGGCCAUGUCCACCUACAGCAGGCCACUAAGCACCUAUCGCCGCAGUCAGGAUCUAGACGAUCUGUAUACCAUGACAACCAGCUCCAAGUCCCAGGGCUCCAGUGACAAUAACUUCAUGUUCAAGUCCAACAAAUCCCUGGACACCGACGGCCUCCACGAAGAACUACUGAUGGCCUAGAAACGGGAGGAGUCCUCGAACCCGUAACCGAACCGAACAAACUUCAAUUAAGUCGCUUCUGCUGAUGCCUCCACUCCCCCCUCUAAUGUACAUGUUUAGUCAUUACCUUUAAAAAAAAUCCAAAAUCCAAAUGGAGAAACUAUAGUCCCAGUUUUUAAAAGCAAAAUGUGAGCUUUACGAUGUCUCCGGGGUAACCGCUGCUUAUUAUAUAUGCGAUUUAUAUAUAAGAUAUAUUAUAUAUAUAUAUGCGAUACUUUUCACGCUUGUUAGUCAAAGACGUUCAAAGCAUUUUAGUGAGGCGGCAACUUUGUACUAAAGACAUUCAAAAAACCGACGCACAGUUACGAGAUUUAAUUUUAGUUCGAAUACGCUUCAGACCUUAAUUUUGUUUUAUUAUCCUGAUACUGAUAGUCCUUAAUUUAUUGAAACCUUGUAUUAUUAUUAUCUUGUGUCGCUUGGCUUUCCCUCAGUUAGUUAUCCGGCAUAUGCAAUAAUUGUGCAAUAAUCUCACUCGAAAGUAUUAAGUCGAAUGUUUUUAGUUUAUACAUUUAGUUUAUACACUUACUCCUUUUUUUAUUAUUAUUGGUUGUUUUUUAUUUGAAUAUUAUACUAUGAACGAAAGUCAAAUUGUAAGAUUAAACGACGGGCGAAAAGAAACUGAAGACAAAAAAACCCCGAAAAAUAUAUACAAAGCUAAUGUAAAUGUUUAAAA